GUGCUGCACUGCAGUAAAUGCAGUUCGAAGAAGUCGGAAGGAACCGAUGGCUUUAGCUGGCUGCCCAGAUUCCUUUUUGCACCAUCCCUACUACCAGGUACGGAUGAGCAUGCACAUCUGAUUCUGGCCAGUGCACACGUGUCACCGACAGCCGUGGACCAAUCCUGUCCCUCGCGGGUCACCAAAGAGAAGCAGAUGCAAGUCCCAAGAUGCAGAAAACCAUGCACGUUCUUGCCUCAGUCUUGCUUGGUUUGCUCUGUGACAUAUUGUAGUACGCUCGUUGGACCACGCAUCCUUUCCUGAAAGAGUUUUACGGUGUGACAAGCUUGCCUACCUGCCAGUACUUGGGAUUUGGUGUUUGGAACAAAGCAGGCUCUGAUUUCACCUCCUGCGUCCUAAUACUCCAAAUGGACAAGGUGGAGCAGACACCGCACAGUCCACAAGACCUGUCGGGCCCUGGGUUCCCAGCACAGUCUGACCGACUGGGGAAUCACCAAGAGGAUGACGUGGACCUGGAGGCUCUGGUGAACGACAUGAAUGCGUCGCUGGAGAGCUUGUACUCGGCCUGCAGCAUGCAGUCAGACACAGUGCCCCUCCUGCAGAACGGCCAGCACGCCCGCGGCCAGCCGCCCACCUCGGGAGCCCGGUCCCUUCAGCCACAGGUGUCCCCGAGGCAGAGGCUGCAGCGUUCCCAGCCUGUACACAUCCUCGCUGUCAGACGCCUUCAGGAAGAAGAUCAGCAGUUCAGGACCUCGUCACUGCCGGCCAUCCCCAACCCUUUCCCUGAGCUCUGCGGCCCUGGCAGUCCCCCUGCACUCACACCUGGCUCCCUACCCCCAAGCCAGGCUGUCGCAAAGCAGGAUGUUAAAGUCUUUAGUGAAGAUGGGACGAGCAAAGUGGUGGAGAUUCUGGCAGAUGUGACUGCCAGGGACCUGUGCCAAUUGCUGGUUUACAAAAGUCAUUGUGUGGAUGACAACAGCUGGACACUGGUGGAGCACCACCCGCACCUAGGACUAGAGCGAUGCCUGGAAGACCACGAGCUGGUGGCCCAAGUGGAGAGCACCAUGAGCAGCGAGAGCAGAUUUGUGUUCAGGAAGAAUUACGCAAAGUAUGAGUUUUUCAAAAACCCUACGAAUUUCUUCCCAGAACAGAUGGUUACCUGGUGCCAGCAGUCGAAUGGCGGUCAAACCCAGCUUUUGCAGAACUUCCUAAACUCCAGCAGCUGUCCUGAAAUUCAAGGGUUUUUGCACGUGAAAGAGCUGGGGAGAAAAUCGUGGAAAAAGCUGUACGUGUGUUUGCGGAGAUCAGGCCUGUACUGCUCCACAAAGGGAACGUCGAAGGAACCCAGACACUUGCAGCUGCUGGCCGACCUGGAGGACAGCAACAUCUUCUCCCUGAUCGCCGGGAAGAAGCAGUACGGUGCCCCCACGGACCACGGGCUCUGCAUCAAGCCAAACAAAGUGAGGAACGAAACUAAAGAGCUGAGGCUGCUCUGUGCAGAGGACGAGCAGAGCAGGACCUGCUGGAUGACGGCCUUCAGACUCCUCAAGUAUGGAAUGCUCCUUUACCAGAACUACCGAAUCCCUCAGCAGAGGAAAGCCUCGCUCUCCCCCUUCUCGACGCCGGUGCGCAGUGUCUCUGAGAACUCCCUCGUGGCGAUGGAUUUUUCUGGGCAGACAGGAAGAGUGAUAGAGAAUCCCGCGGAAGCCCAGAGCGCAGCCCUGGAAGAAGGGCAUGCCUGGAGGAAGCGGAGCACGCGGAUGAACGUCCUAGGCAGCCAAAGUCCCCUCCACCCUUCUACCCUGAGCACAGUGAUUCACAGGACACAGCACUGGUUUCACGGGCGGAUCUCCAGGGAGGAAUCCCACAGGAUCAUUAAGCAGCAAGGGCUCGUGGACGGGCUUUUCCUCCUCCGUGACAGCCAGAGCAAUCCAAAGGCAUUUGUACUCACACUGUGUCAUCACCAGAAGAUAAAAAAUUUCCAGAUCUUACCUUGCGAGGACGACGGGCAGACCUUCUUCAGCCUGGAUGACGGGAACACCAAAUUCUCUGACCUGAUUCAGCUGGUUGACUUUUACCAGCUGAACAAAGGAGUUCUGCCUUGCAAACUCAAGCACCACUGCAUCCGGGUGGCCUUAUGACCUCAGAGGCGCUCACGGCCGAAGCCUGGGGGAGUUAACACUGGAACGAAGCGAGGUCUGUACACGGUCAGAAAUGCGCGUCUCUCCUGCACCUUGGGACUCCAGGGGAGAUGGUCUGUCCGGUGCCCGCCGGCCGAGACUGACUAGUCUGGUGGACUUCACGACGACUUGCUGCUGUGAAUCCAGCAGGGUUUCCUUCCUCUGCGUCGGCCCGAUUGGGAGGGCACAAGAGAUCCAGCACAAAUUGGAGAGUAAACUGGACCGAUCUUGGCUGGGCCGCGUAGGAACAAGAACCGGAGAGAAGUCAUUGGAAACGAACUCUUGCCCUGGAAUAAUCUUGACAAUUAAAACUGAGAUGUUUACUUUUUUUGUAUCGAUCACUUUUUUGCACUCCUCUUUGUUUUCGAUAUUGUACUCAGCCUAUGGUAGGAGGGGAUGUGGCUGUUCGAAGUCAGAUAAGACGUGACGAGUUUUUAACGGGCAGAUUUCAGACCGA